AUGGAGUCUGUGUUUCUGGUGCUUUGGUCCUGCCUGAGAGGCAAAGCAAGGCAAGAUGACCUGCUACGAUUAUCGGUUUCCAUCUGCCGCUUCUUCAGCCUGACCGAGAAGGGCCCACGGAGCAUCUCGUCUCUCCAUCGGGGCAACUGUUCUGCUUCGGUCUUUAUCUUGGUUGGUUUCCCUGGUUUAGAAGAGUCCCACUUCUGGCUGGCUCUUCUGCUGGGCCUCCUGCUCGCUCUGGCUCUCCUUGGGAACGGUGCCAUUGUCUACAACGUGGGUGUUGAGCGAAGCCUCCACCAACCCAUGUAUCUUUUCCUCCCCGUGCUGGCAGCCGACGACAUCCUGCUCUCCCUCGCAAUGGUGCCCAAGAUGGUGGCCAACACUGGGCUCAACUCCACCAGCAUCGCUUUCGACGCCUGCCUGCUCCAGAUGUUCUGCAUCCACAGCUUAUCGGGAAUGGAGUUGUCCCUCUUGUUGGCCAUGACUUUUGACCUCUACGUUGCCAUCUGCCACCCACUGAGCCACGCUUACAUCCUCGCUGGGCCCAGGAUAUCUAAGGGAGGCCUGGGGGCAGCAAUCCGUGGGGCAGCCUUGAUGGCCCCCUUCUCCGCUUUCCUUAAGAGGCUGCCCUUUUGCAUCCUCUCUCAUCCCUACUGCCUGCACGGGGAUGUCAUGAAGCUGCCCUGUGCCAGCACCAAAGUCAAUAUUAUCUAUGGGCUGGUGGUCAUCCUUUUGGCCAUUGGGCUGGAUUCACUCCUCAUCUCCCUUCCCUGCGCCUUCAUCCUGAAGACGGCCCUCCUCCGCCUAUCCCAGGAGGCUCACCUGAAGGCCCCGGGCACCUGCUUCUCCCACCUCUCUGCUGUCUUCCUCUUCUUUGUCCCCUUCAUUGGCCUGUCCAUCUCCCACAGGUUUCAGGGGGCCCAUGGCUCCAACAGCACUCUUGUCCUGACCAACCUCCACCUUCUGAUGCCUCCGGUGCUCAACCCCCUUGUGGACAGAGGGAAGACCAAGGAGACCGGGCACAGAGUCACCCACUCCCUCCACAGGAUGGGCCUGAGAAGGGCCGUCCAGGAUUCAAGGCCACAGCCAACUCAAGGCGUUUCUGCCUGUGGUCUCCCUGGGAGCCACGGAGGUGAUUUUGGGAUUGUUAGGGAUUUUCUGAAUCAGGUCACAGACUCAAAGACUGUUCCCACAAAAAACUCAUUAAUUGGAGAAAAUGGAGUUCCUAGUCCUUAUUUCUAA